AUGAUCCUGUGGCUGAAGGGCAUCAUUUUUAAUGUCACCACUGUAGAUCUGAAGAGGAAGCCAGCAGACUUACAAAACCUGGCUCCGGGAACAAACCCUCCUUUUAUUACAUUUGAUGGGGAGGUGAAAACUGAUGUCAACAAAAUUGAGGAGUUUCUAGAAGAGAAGUUGACAGUGCCAAGGUAUCCCAAACUUGCCCCAAAGCACCCAGAAUCCAAUUCAGCAGGAAAUGACGUGUUUGCAAAGUUCUCUGCCUACAUUAAAAACCCUAGGAAAGAUUUAAAUGAAACACUAGAAAAAAGCUUACUGAGGUCCUUAAAGAAACUGGACGACUUUUUGAAUUCACCUUUGCCUGAUGAGAUUGAUGCCUACAGCACGGAGGAGGUCCUUGUCUCCAACAGGAAGUUUCUGGAUGGGAAAGAGCUGACGCUAGCAGACUGCAACCUUCUACCAAAACUGCACAUCAUAAAGGUGGUAGCCAAGAAAUUCCGGAAUUUCGACAUCCCAGCAGAAAUGACUGGAAUCUGGAGAUAUCUGACGAAUGCGUAUGCCAGAGAUGAGUUCAGCAACACAUGUCCGGCAGAUUACGAAAUCGAAUAUGCAUAUUACGGUGUUGCCAAAAGAAUGGGGUCAUAG